AUGUCAGCAAUUAGUCCAGUUGAUCCGGUGAUCCGGAUUCUUCUGAUGGGCAGAUAUGGUUCUGGGCAAAGCUCAUCAGGAAACACCAUACUGGGAGAAAAAGUGUUUCAAGUGAAGAAACACGAGACUGAAGUGUGUGAGGGUACGACGCAGAUCGGUGGAAAGCAUAUACAAGUAAUUAAUUCUCCAGAUCUGAAUACAGAGCAACUGAUGGUGAUGAAGGAGAAGCUGGUCUCUCGAUGUUCAGCGGGUCUCAGUGCAGUUCUGCUUACCGUUUCUCUAGAGGAACCUUUGGAAAAUGAGGAAGAGACCCUGGAUUAUACCCUGAGUUUAUUUGGUCCUGACGUUCAGAAAUACAUCAUGAUUCUGUUCACACAUGUAGAUGAACUGGAGGAGCUGGAUCAGACCAUUGAUGGAUAUCUACGGAAGGAAAGCAAUGCAGAUGUCCAGAAACUGGUGGAUGAAUGCGGAGACUUUCACUGUUUUAAUAAUAAGAGUAAAUCAAACUAUCAAGUAGAAGAACUAAUGCAGAAGAUCGAAACGAAGUUGAAGAAAAAAAAUGGGGGAUUUUUUAUUGAACGAAUGAGGAGGAGUGACAGCAAACGAGAUCCCCCUGUCAUGUUUUCAGGAGAGUCUUCAUCAACAGAUCUAGAUGAUAUUGGUGUGAUUCCGUUAAAAAAAGACCAGAUCAGACUGGUUCUUCUGGGAAAAACCGGAUGUGGGAAAAGUGCUACUGCAAACACUAUCAUCGGAAGAAACAUGUUUACAUUUUCAGCUAGCUCAAAAUCUCAGACCAAACAGUGUCAGUCAGAGACUAGAGUGAGGUUUGGUAAAAAGAUCACAGUGAUCGACACGCCUGGAUUUUAUGAUACUGAACUCAGUAAAGAACAGGUUCAAAGAGAAAUAGUGAAAUGUGUAGCAUUAUCCUCUCCUGGACCACAUGCUUUUAUUAUCAUCAUUAGAGUGGGUCGAUUCACAGAGGAGAAAGAAGUGUUUGGAGAACAGAUGCUAAAAUACACCAUGAUCAUCUUCACCCACAAAGAUCAGUUAAAAGAGGAGAAGAAAACCAUUGAGCAGUAUCUGCAGGAUUGCGAUCCAAAUCUCGGAAAACUCGUAAGGAGUUGUGGAAGUCGAUUCUUCUGUCUGGACAACAAGUCUGCCAGUUUCCCACAGUUCAAAGAUCUGAUCAGUAGAGUCGAGAGGAUGGUGGCAGAAAACGGAGGGACUCACUUCACCAAUGAACCCGUUGAGAGAACAGAGAGAUGCAUUCAGGAGAUUCAGAAACAGAAACGGCGCGAGAAGGAAAAGCAGUAUAAACAGACUCACAGACGGCUCCAUAAAGCAGAAUGGAAGAAAAUAUGCUUUAGUUUAGCUGAGGAGUCACGGUGGGAAGCGCAGCGAUCAUUUUCUGAUAUAAACUUGCACCUCCUGGGAAAGGGUGUAAAACUGACGGGCGAGGAGGGAGCGAACGCCACCGAGGAGGCCGAGACCCGAGGAGUCCAUCACUUCAGAGCAGUUAUACAUGCACUCAGAAAGAUGUGCGCAAUUCAGUGAAAAAACACAAUUAUCAGACGCUAAGAGAGUCAAUCCAUCUCAAGUUGUGCAGUGAAAGGUACUUGACAGUGUAAGCA